AUGGAGUUUGAUAAGUUUAAACUCCAGUAUGCGAAAGAUGAAGACUUUGGUAACACUUGGAACAAUUUAACUGAAGGUGAGGAAGCAACUCUCGACAAUUAUUCAAUAAAGGAUGGUUAUUUGUUUUUUGGAACCCGCUUGUGUAUUCCUCAAGGAUCCUUCCAAGAAUUUAUCAUUUCGGAACUCCACGGAGGAGGUUUAGCAGGACAUUUUGGUUGUGACAAAACCUUUGCUAUUGUUACCGAUCAGUUUUUUUGGCCACGAUUAUGUCGAGAUGUGUACAGGGUGGUGGCUCGCUGUCGGGUAUGUCAGAUUAAUAAGGGUACUAAGCAGAGAGUAGGGCUCUACACUCCACUUCCAAUUCCAGAUAGGCCCUGGCAACAUCUUAGUAUGGAUUUUGUUCUUGGAUUAUCCAAGACUUUACGUCAACAUGAUUCCAUUAUGGUAGUGGUGGAUUGUUUUUCAAAAAUGUCCCAUUUCAUUCCUUGCCAUAAGACCUUUGAUGCUUCCAAAACUGUAGCUCUGUUCUUACAGGAGGUGCCUGUGGCAGUUGCAGUUCCUGUGACCCUAGCCGCUUCGAAGGGCCCAUGCAGGCUGUCCUCGAGAGCCAAUAUACUCUCAAUGCACUUUUAUGGGGCCCUCCUGGAUCAGGCUCCUCAUCCGUUAACUCUAGUAGAGCCUCCUCCAGAUGAUCCCCUCUUCUCUGUUUACUGCACAAUCUGUAGUGGGGGUCAAGUCCUUGAGAGCAUUACUGAAGAUCAGGCAGAAAGUCUCAUCUCAAAUGUGGAGAGGGUGCCAUCACCUGAGCCCCCUUGUGCCCAACCCUCGAAAGAAGGUCCUACUCCUCUCCGUGUCGUCGUCAAGCCUAUGAUGGCUUCUGCCAAGAAGCCGGUUGAGAGAACUCCUGGGGAGAAAGAAGCAGAUUUGAACUUGACUGUAGUUUUUGACCCCACAACCGAGAAGUCAAUUGCUCUAGUCUCUCCCCUAACCAUCAUCAUAUCGCUAGCUGUCGAAAUGAAGGUGGUUGUGGAGAUGAGGGCCGAGGAAGGAGGUCCACCCACCCCUAGCAAGAAGGAGCACUCAAAUCUCAAGGAGAAGCAUUCUUCCACCAUUAAGGGCCUCUAUCAUUCCCAAAUUGUCAUCGGUCUUACAGAGAGUGUCACAGGUGCAACCGAGAGAGUGGAACCACUAUGCGGCCACCACUUAAAGAGUGCCAAGAGGGGACUCUCCCCUACUCCACUCGGUUUGAGGUUAGGGCAACUUAGGCAAAAUCCUUAG